AAAAGGGAAGAAGAGGGAAAAUGACAAGCAAGAAUAUGGAGUUUAAUUUGGUGUGGUUGAUCCUGGCAGCAAUGGCGGGAGCAUAUGUUUUCCUAUUUGGUUUUCUUAAGCAAAUAAACGAAUGGCACUAUGUUAUUCGGUUGGGGAGGAAGAAGCAUAGCUCUCUCCCUCCGGGGGAUAUGGGUUGGCCUUUCAUUGGGAAUAUGAUUUCCUUUUUCAGAGCUUUCAGAUCCCGCGACCCUGAUUCCUUCAUCAACAACCUUGUUCACAGGUAUGGUCGAACUGGGAUCUACAAGACGAGCUUGUUCGGGAAUCCAAGCGUCAUAGUUUGUAGUCCGGAGCUUUCCCGGAAGAUUUUGACGGACGACGAGCGAUUCGAAGCCGGUUAUCCUUCGUCUUUGAUGAAAUUAUUCGGGAGAAAGUCAUUUCUUGGUAUUACAAAAUCAGAGCACAGGCGUUUGCGCAAGCUAUUAGCUGCCCCGAUCAAUGGCCAUGAAGCACUCUCCAUGUAUAUCCGAUGUAUCGAGGACAUCAUGAUUUCUUCAUUGGAAGAGUGGGCUAAUAACACCUCCCCAAUUGAAUACGUAACCGAGUGGAAAAAAAUCAGUUUCAGGGUCAUCACAAAGCUUUUCACUGGCUCUGCUGAUUUCAUGUCCGAGUCAAUGAUCGAGCAGUAUGGACUCGUGUUCCGAGGAGCGUUUUCGCUGCUACCCGUCGAUGUUCCCGGCUUUUUGUUCCAUCGAGCCCUCAAGGCUAGAAAGAUAUUGGUAAAUGGCAUUCAAUCUCACCUGGAUGAAAGAAGAUACAGAAACGGCGAUGAUCCGAACAUCGAAAAAGCCAUGAUCGACCUACUCUUGGAAGCUAAAGACAAUGAUGGUGAAAAGCUGGAAGAUGAACUAAUUAUUAACAUACUACUGGGGUUCUUGUUAGCUGGUCAUGAAACAACUGCACAGGUUGCGGUGUGGCUCACCAUUUACCUUCACGAUCAUCCUGAAAUCCUACAAGCAGUCAAGGAAGAACAAGAGGAGAUCGUAAAGAGAAGACCAUCCUCACAAAAAGGUUUAACUCUAAACGAAAUUAGACAGAUGGAAUACACAUCAAAGGCCAUCAAUGAGACCUUCCGAAUAUCCGGUAUUCCAUGGGCAAUUUUUCGAAAGGCGAAAAACGAUGUUAAACUCGAUGGUUUUACCAUACCCAAAGGAUGGAAAGUUAUGGUUUGGAUCAGAGGUUUUCACAAGGAUUCGGAAAUUUAUCCGAACCCGAAUGAAUUCCUUCCCUCAAGAUGGGAUGUAAGUAGUAAAACACACCACGCUAAUCUUAUUCAGAGUUUGAAAAUAGUAAUUUAACCCACAAAAUCCGUC